CAGGCUGAAGAGUCUGCUCCAACAGCAGACUGCCGUGUGAAGAAGAGCAGACUUUACCUGACAGCUCAUCAUGGACACUUUAGAGCCCAUCUGGUCCACCUUCUCAGGGAUUUACACCCUGGCUGAAAACGUGAAGGCCAACAAAAAGCGCUGCCAGCGGAUUUCGGUCCGAGUCAAAGCCCUCGAGGAUGUAGUGAAGUCCAUCACAGAGUUCUCUCCAGAGGUAAAGAAAGCCGUCGAGGAGCUGAUCCUAACUCUGGAGUCAACACAGAGGCUAAUUGAAAAAUACACGGCAGCCAACUUGGUGGAGCGCAUCCUGAAGUGGGGCAGCCACGGAGAAGAGUUUGAUACGGUGAGCGAGCGGCUCAACGAUGCUUACCAGGCCCUGUGUCUAGCUCUGCAAUCAGAGCAGAGCAAGAUGCUGUACGAGGUGUUUAGACAGAGAGAGACAGAAGACGAAAUGGACGGGAAGGAGGACGACACGGAGAUGACGAAAUUGCUGAUGGACUACAUGAAAGAGCAGCAGGAGAAAACCAACACCAUACUGGAACAGCUGGACAAAGUGGUGCAGAUGUUGAAUAAGCCCAGUUUCAGCAGCGUGGCUGUGCGACAGAUUAAACCAGAUGAACUGAAGUAUCAACAUCCCAAAAAGCCCUUCAAGACAACAGCGAGCUGCGAGCUCUACAAAGGAGAAUAUCAGGGAUUCCCAGUGGCCAUCAAGAGAUACCUCGACCCCAUGAACACCAGUGCACGAGACGUGAAGUCUAUUUUCAACAAGGAAGUCGACACCAUGAAGCAGUUUGACUCGCCCAACAUCCUGCGAAUGUUUGGAAUCUGCAUCCAGGAUGAGAACGGUGAGCGCGUGAACACAGAGGUGCAUAUUUUUUGGAGCGAGCACUUGUAUUUGAGCCAAACCUGA